AUGGACGUCGAGAAAGAGACGGCCGCGAAGGGCACUCCCGAAGCCGUCGAACGCUCCCCAAGGACCCAUGUGGACAGCCAGCCCCUCCCGACUGACUCCAUGGUCACGGUUCCGCUGUCUGAGACCGAUGCAGAAGGAGCACACCCAGCGGCGGACCAUGUUUCGGCAUUGCUGCAGCAACCAGACAUCGUGGUGGAAGAGAAGCGGCAGUCUUCACGACCGAGCUCUGCUGAGAUCAUGAAGGCAUUUGGGGGACGCAGCAGCCAGGACGGCAGCAUCCGCACGUCUGCCGUGGACAGCCCAACCAUAUCCCUUCCGGACGACGAUGAUACCCCGCCGACGCCGAAGUCGGGCGAGCGAUCGAGGAGCAACAGCGAAGGCUCCAGCCAAAGUGCACAGGUGGAUUGGACAGAACUCGAAAAGAAAGAGGAGCAGGAGUCGCAGGAGGAGGGGCAGGAUGAGGCCAUGGCCUUGCUGCUUGCUCGAUUAGAACAGGAGAACAACGCCCUCAUGGCCGACGCGAAAUCCGGAGCCAAGUUCGGUCGUGCCCGAAGCCAGUCCCGACCCCCUUCGAUCAAUCAGCUGAAGCGGCUUGUAGCCGAGGAUUCCACCCAAGUGCGCUUCUCACAGCUCCCCUCUCCACCUCCCAUGACAGAACUCGACUUCUGGGCUGCGCUGGUGCGGGACUACCCACAGACCGUGCAGCGGCUGCCGACCCUCACACUCAACAAGAUCCGCGGCGGCAUACCUGCGCCAUUGCGUGGAGUCGUCUGGCAGAGUGCUUCUGGCGCGAGAGACAAGCUCAUUGAGGAUCAGUAUGACCAACUGUGCGGCGAGUCGAGUCCGUAUGAGAACAUCAUCAACAAAGAUUUGGGACGAAGCUUCCCAGGCGUGGACAUGUUCAAAGAUCCCGAAGGCGAGGGCCAAAAGAUGCUCGGACGCGUGCUGAAGUGCUUCAGCUUGUAUGACCACAAGAUCGGUUAUUGCCAGGGUCUAGGCUUCCUCGUCGGGCCGCUUCUGAUGCAGAUGGGUGAUAAGGAAGCGUUCUGCGUGCUCGUCCGGCUCAUGGAAGACUACGAUCUGCGCUCAUGUUUCCUUCCCGACCUCUCCGGGCUGCACCUGCGCAUCUUCCAAUUCCAGCGCCUGUUACAUCGGCACAUGCCCGAAUUAGCCGCACAUCUCGACGCACUGCAGGUGGAGUCGGCAUAUCUUUCGCAGUGGUUCCUGUCGUUUUUUGCCGUCACAUGUCCGCUACCCAUGCUAUUUCGAAUCUACGACGUAUUGUUUGCCGAAGGCGCGUCGGAGACUAUUAUGCGAGUAGCUCUCGCGCUCAUGAAGAGGAAUGAACAAAGGAUACUGGCUCUCAAGGAGUUUGAAGACGUCAUGCAACUGCUACUGGGGAGGUCACUCUGGGAUCCCUAUGGUCGAAACGCCCAUUCCGCAGAUGAGCUGGUCAAUGACUUUGUGGGCUUUACGAACGACGUUACACGGGAGAAGCUGCAAGGUCUGGAGGCGAGCUUCAAGGAAGCGCAAGAGAAAGAUAUCGCGAAAGCCAAGGUGCAGAAGUCAGCCAUGUCGUUUCUUGGCCGGUUAUGGGGCCCUUCAAACUCAUCCACAAAAUCUGUGUCGCUGAGCCCGGGGCUUUCCGCCCCGUCGAGGCCUGUCAGCUUUCUCCGUCGCACGCCAUCAAAACAGAGCCUUGCUUCUACUCUCCAUUCCACGGAUGGAUCUGAGACGUCAACUGGCACUCCUAGCACCGUUCCAACCGAAAUGUCUCGGGCCUCGUCGGGCGACGCGCUAUCUCUCAAAUCCGGCCGUGAAUCUACUGCGCUUUCUAUCAAGACGGGCCAUUCAUCAAAGGAUCGAGAUCUACACUACCAAAUCGAACAGCUUCUGCUCUCUGUCAGCCAGCUCCAGCGCCAAAACAGCGAGCUCGAGGCCGCUCUUCAAAAGCAACGGGAGGACCGAAAAGAAGACCACCGCAUCGUGCGCACAGUAGUCGACAGGAUCCGCAAGAAGCAGUCAUCGCUUGCUACGCCUGCAAGCCGAGAGUCGCGUCGCAGGACGACCAUCACGGCUGCGAUGCUCACCCCACCCACAGACGCCGACCCCACCACACUUUUACCACAAGAGGUCGACGAGGCCACCGAAGCUUUGGACAAGAGAUUCCCCUCGCAUCAGACCCAUCAUCGCGCAUCUUCCAUGUUCGAGACAAAGGAGGUGCUGCGGGAAAGCCUUAAUCGCGCUAAGGAACAGCUUUCAUCGGAGACGAUCCGAGCGCAAGCGUUAGCUCGCGAGCUCAACGACGCACAAGCAGAUCUUCACAUCGCGCGAGACGCGCUGAAGGAGACACGGCAUCGCUUGCAGGACUCUUACAAUCAGAACCAGAAGCUUGAGAAGACCAUAAACGACCUCCGGCAGAGCGUGCGAAAAACAUCGGUUCCAUGGGCAGAUUCAACCCCCGACUCCUCACCAUCGUUAUCCCGAUCGAAUACCGCGGAUAGCGCUGUGUCGACUACGGGUGGUCUGCGAGAGCUUCGGCUAGGUCGCUCCGCGUCAACAAAAUCGCAGAAAGCCGUGCCGCAGUUCUCCAAACGCUCUUCGUCACUCGCUACGCAGAGUGUUCUUGCCACCGACAACCAUGCACCAGUGGACAACGAGGCGUUGCUUCUAGAGCUAGUCAACGCGAAGACGGCGGAAGCGGUCGCGAAGCAGGAGCUGGAGGAGCUGAAGAAUAAAUUCGAGAGCAUGAAGAAGGCGAUGGGCGUCCAAACGCCCUCAGCCACUACACCAAUGCCUGCGUCCACACCUCCAGCAAGCACGGGUGGUGGAUGGAGUUGGGGCGGCUGGAAGCGGACAGUCAGUACGAAUAACGCUACAGUAUCAUAG